AGUUCAUUCGCGAAACGUCAGUUGAUCGUCAAAAGAAGUAAAUAACCUAUUUUUUUGUAUUAUUCUGACGAAAACAAUAACCUUCGAGGUUAAUUAAACAUUAUUUAUGUGCGAUAAGGUCAUACAAAACCAGUUUACAUGCUUAUCCUCAACACACUUACGAUUUUGCUACAAGUAGCGUUCAUAGUGUCUAUGUCCUUACUGUCCAUGAAUAUAAUCCGAUAUUUUACUGGUGGUGUUAAGAAAAUGGCUUUAAUUGCUCCUGCGAUGUUCGUUAACCACGGAGGAGGUCCUAUGCCGCUUCUGGGGGACAAAGACCACGCAGGACUGACGAAUUUCCUGCGCGACGGCGUCCAAAAGCAUUUGAAUUUAAAGGAGAUAAAAGGUAUUAUUCUUGUGACUGCCCACUGGGAAGAGAGUGUCGUUACUAUAUCUUCUGGUAAGCAUCACGAUCUAUACUUCGAUUACUACGGAUUUCCGCCAGAAACAUACAAAUAUAAGUAUGACGCGCCCGGAGAUCCGGCUUUAGCAGAAAGAAUACAUCAUACGUUGAAAAAGGCGGGAAUAAAAUCGAAAUUGGAUCCGAAAAGAGGUUGGGACCAUGGAGUUUUUGUGCCAAUGAUGUUGAUUAACCCUGCAGCCAGUGUUCCUAUAGUACAAAUAUCAGUUUUGUCCAAUCAGGAUCCGGAACAGCAUUAUAAACUUGGGCAAGCGUUAUACGAAUUUAGGAAAGAAGGUAUAGCCAUUUUAGGCUCAGGAAUGUCGUAUCACAACAUGAGAGAAUUCAUGCUAGGCCGACACCAAUCGUCCGUAGUAAACAAAGAAUUUGAUGAAUACUUAAACAAAGUUUGCACUGCGGAGGAUGAGGCUCAACGAAAAGAAGGUUUGGUGUCCUGGAGACAGCAGAAAGGGGCUACGGAAGCUCAUCCGAUGAGGGCAGCCGAGCAUUUUAUGCCGUUGAUAGUUAUUGCGGGCGCUGGAGGCUCCAAACCUGGUGAACGUAUCUUCAAUUGGGACAUGAGUGGAGUAUUCCGACUAAGUGCCUUCGUAUGGAAAGAUGAGUGAUUGAAUUUUUCUAGAAUAUUCUAGAUUAUGUCAGUAUCUCGUGAAUAUUGUUUGCGUAAUCGUGAUGCAGGCAUUUUUUUUUAAGAAUGCAAGUGAACUUUCAUAUCUACAGUAAUGCAAUAUUUUAAAAACCUAACAAGUGGAAGGUUUUAUAUAUUUCUUAAUAAAAAGGGUAAUUUUUUGAGGUGGAAGCUUGAUACGCUGAGGUAAUAAGUAUAGAUAUUAUAACUAUUUAGGAUCCUAUUUUUCACAUAAUAUAUUUUGGUAUAAUGGUUUUGGCAUAAGAGCAUUUUCACAUAAUUGUUUUUCAUAUAAUCAGUAGAUUGUGGUCACAAAUACAUUUAUAAAGAGAGAUUUAUCAUUAAAUUAUGCUUUUAAUUUUAUGUAUAAACAUUAUUUUGCAACAUUAUUUUGCAUAAUUAAAAGUAUGUGUAAAUUGGCUUGUGUAAGAAAAUUAUGUCACAUUAUACGAUUAAUUAUUAUGUUAUCGGCUUACUCACGUAACUGUUU